GGCCAAUAUGAGGUUGCAUACAAGAGAUCAUAUUACUUCCGCGGUCGUUUGGACGGAGGGUCAUAUUGUUUGUGUACAGUCUCAAACUGAUGACCCAUGCGAGGCUGAUUACCAUCAAAAGCAUACCCUCCUCCAUGCGGCUCACCAUACACUCCUCUCCCUAGCCCGCCAUAUGGUUCUCCCUUGCCCACAGAGCACUUCCCUUUGUCGGCCAUGCACUUCCCCUUGAUUAUUAUAUACGUCUCCUUGUCCGCCGCCGUACGCUCCCCAUCGCCCAUGAGACGCGGUACCAGGCCCAUACUGACCCUCUUGGUGCCCUUGCCCGCUCAGGCCCCCUCCCUGCCUGGCAUACUCUGCUCCGUCUCUGCCGCCCGCCGCUCGCUCUGCCGGUCUGCGAUGGGGACUUUGACCGUCUCGGGGUCCAAGGUCAUUGACGGACCUCGCACUGGCCCCGCUAGACGGUCCAGGGCUCGGCCCCAGGUAGGUCUCUGCAUGAUAAACAUGAGACCUGGCCCCGGGAUCGCCCUCGGUCAAGAGAAGAUCUUGGCUAACGGAUGUGGGCCGGUCGUCGAGAUGCAGUAAUCGUUCGGGGCCGGAACGCAGUUCGGUGGAUGCUGAGGCAGGGAACAAAGAAGGGGAUUGAGAAGCAGUGGUUGGGUCGGUGGAAUCAACAAGUCCUCCGCGCAAAGCAACGACUUCCGUGCGCAAGGACGCAAUUGUUGCCUUCAAGCACUUCAUCUCCUCCUGCAAUUCCUCCUGCAUUGCCAGAAAGUUCUGCCUUGCGGAUGAUUCCAGACCUGCA